AUGGCGAAAGACAACCCCAAGACCCAGCCGAAGAAGACGGCGGCCAAGCGAUCUGCUAUCGGAGACGUCGUCGCGCGCGAGUACACCAUCCAUUUGCACAAGCGAGUUCAUGGCGUCAGCUUCAAAAAGCGAGCGCCCCGUGCGAUCAAGGAGAUUCGAAAAUUCGCCACACAAGCUAUGGGAACCAGCGACGUGCGACUUGACCCCCAACUGAACAAAAAGGUGUGGGAAUCCGGCAUCAAGGGCGUCCCCUUCCGCCUCCGCGUCCGGAUCUCGCGGAAGAGAAACGACGAAGAGGGUGCCAAGGAGAAGCUGUACUCUUAUGUCCAAGCCGUGAACGUCAAGGAGAGGGAGGCCAAGGGCCUGCAGACUGUCGUCGUUGAGGACUCAUGA